AUGACCAGCAAACUCAUUCCGUCGAACCCUGACAAGGUCAUGGUCAUCCGCAACGUCACACUAGACAUCGUCACCCUCUCGCUCCCCUUCGCACGCUUCGGCCGGAUCAACAUUGGUGGCCGCGGAACGCUUGUCCGCCUGCAGAACGGCAGCGUAGCCGUCUUCUCCCCUGUCGCUCUUACUGACGAUGUCCGCAGCCAGGUCGCCAAGCUGGGCGCCGUCAAGUACAUUGUCGCCAACGACGUCGAGCACCACAUCUUCUUGGACGACUGGCACAAGGCCUUCCCGGACGCCAGACUCAUCGGCCCAGACGCAUUGAAGGAGAAGCGCGAGAGCCAGAAAAAGCCACUGCCCUGGACACACCUGUUCCGCCCAAGGGACAACACCAGCUGGAACAUUGACGAAGCCUUUGACCGCGAGUUCAAUGCCGAGUACGUCCACGCACACAAAAACAAGGAGCUCGUCUUCAACCACAAGCCUUCCAAGACUUUGAUCCAAGCAGAUUUGCUGUUCAACAUGCCAGCCACAGAGCAGUACUCGCGUACUGACGUCGACCCCACCGCUGGCUUUCUCACAAAGUUGAUGUGCAAGCUCAACAACACCGCUGGUUCGGCAAUCUGGCAGAAAAGAUUUCUAUGGUACGGACCCAGUUCGUCAGAUAGACCUGCUUUCAACCAGAGCAUAGCCAGGAUUGACAAAUGGGACUUUGAGCGUAUCAUCCCUUGUCACGGUGAUGUAAUUGAGAAUGACGGCAAGAGCAUCUUCCAAAAAGUGUUUUCAUGGCACUUGGACGCUGCUAGAAAGUCGAACUAG